UGCAGCAUCAAAUGUCAACGGUUAAUUUGUAGAAGUCGGCAAAUCUCUCUCAAACCCUUUUAAAACCAAAACGCCUCUACCAAACACCAACUCUCAACACCAGACAUAGAAGAUCGAAACUGCAAGAAAUCACUAGGAGAUCUAUCUCAGAGAAAAGUAGAGAUUAUGAAGCUGGUUUGGACCCCAGAUACAGCUUUAAAAGCCUAUGUUUGUACUAUCAAAACAUGUGAGAAUUUUAUGGAAUCCAGUGUAGCGGAAUUCCUCUCAGCCAUGGCGGCCGGUUGGAACGCAAAGCUAAUAGUUGAAUCCUGGUCCAAGGGUGGCCCGAUUGCGACGAGCAUCGGCCUAGCCGUGGCGGCUCGUCACACGUGUGGAAGACAUGUGUGUGUGGUACCAGAUGAAGGGUCAAGAUCCGAGUACGUGAAAACCAUGCAUCUUGCCGGCAUGUUGGAGACGGAGGUUCUGGUUGGCGAAGUGGAAGAGGUGAUGGCAGGGCUUGUUGGGGUGGAUUUUUUGGUGGUGGAUUGUAAACGGAGGGAUUUUGUUAGGUUUUUAAGGUUAGCUAAGUUGAGCCCUAAAGGUGCUGUCUUGGCAUGCAAGAAUGCCUUUCAAAAGUCUGCUGCCGGGUUUAGAUGGCACGGAGCGCUUGCGAGAGGGACACGUGUAGUUAAGACUGUGUUAUUGCCAGUUGGGCAAGGAUUGGAUAUGGCUCAUAUAGGGAGUCAUGGUGGGAGUGAGAGCUCAAAGGGGAGUCCUAGCCGUUGGAUCAGGCAUAUCGAUCAAAAGUCAGGUGAGGAGCAUGUGUUCCGUGGAUAAAAUUUUUAUGUGAUUUCUGGAAACACAGAGGUUGUUACGAGAGCCUAUCGGGUAAAUUAGUAAUAGUUCUCAGAACCUUAAUGGAGUAUUAUGUACAUAUAAUUAUUGCUGUAGUUGUUCCAUGAUGUCUUGCAACUUUUUUGGACUCGUGCAUUUUGGGUGGAAAAAUAAGCUUUCUUUAAUU